AUGGCAGAGGAAACUUUGCUCGAAACAUUAAAAAUCAUUGAACUUGAGGAUGGCGAGUAUUCUGUGACAGCUAAAAAACUUCUCGGAAAUUUUAGAGAGAUUAUCAACUCUCUCAGUGUACAAAAUUUUUGGAAUAGCCUCAACGUUCGAGAAGAGAAAGCUAAAACUCGAACUGCACAAGUUAUUUUGCAAGAGAAAGAAGAACAAAAUGCUUGUCAAGUAAGGAUCGGUGUGUUAGAUGAGAAUAUCCAGACAUUAGCAAGAAAAAGACAAGGUGAGAAAUUACCUUCGACACCGCCAAAUAAGACUAGAGCCAUUAACACGGAAACUUCUCCAGAGUUUUCAUCAGACUCAGACUCUGAGGUUGUGACACCCAUUUUGCUUACGAAUGUCUUUCUAGAUUCUGCUUCUUCACAACAAAAAACACCCAUUGAUACGAAUGCCAUUGAUUCAAGCCUAUCUUCAAAGGUCGAAAGUCAAAAAACGACCAGAAAAUUCACGACCAGAAAAUACAUAAACCAUGACUUAGCGGAUGAGGUCUUAAAAUCGUAUCAGAUAAAAGUAAUGCCGGGUGAUAAGUUGAUAUAUGACAAUGUCGAUGUAUUGAAAUUUGCCUGCUCAAAAAUGAAGAAAACAGACAUAUCAAAUAGCCCUUUAUCAAUUGGCGUUCUCAACAUUCACUACAACAGUUGUACUAAAUUAUUACCGAUCAAUUUCAAACAAUUUAUAUCCGAUCAGAUCCAAGAUUGUGAAGCGAAAGCUGUCUAUUUUACUGAAAACCGAUCUAUUAAUAAAUUUGUGGUGGAUUGCGAGGAAAAUGUGUUGAACUUCUUGGAGGAGUUUCAAGACAUAGGAGAUUUAGAAUCGUUAGCAAAAU